GACACACAAACACACUCACACUCACAUACAUAUAUUUAUAGCCACGCUCUCAGCAACUCAUUUUGUCCAAGUUCCUGAAGAUGUUGCUCUUCAUCUUGCUUUCACUCCUAAAUUUCAACCCAUCUCUGAGCCUAAAAAUCUGCUCCUUCAAUGUAAGGUCUUUUGGAGAAACAAAAAUAGCCAGACCUGAAGUCGUCGAUGCCGUGGUAAAGAUCAUUUCUCGCUGCGACAUCACGUUGCUGAUGGAAAUAAAGGAGAACAAGAACCGGGUCUGUCCUCUCCUGGUGCAGAAGCUCACCAGUCAGCUGAAGGGGUCGAAGGAGGAAUACAGCUGCGUGAUCAGCGAGAGGCUGGGAAGGAAGAGCUACAAGGAGCAGUACGCCUUCAUCUACAGACAAGAUCUGGUAUCAGUGAAACAAACUUACCAGUACCCUGACACCCAGCCUGGGGACGAGGAUGCCUUCUCCAGAGAGCCCUUCGCCGUCUGGUUCCAGUCUCCAAAAACCGCUGUCAAAGAGUUUGCUAUAAUCCCUCUGCACACCACGCCGGAGACAGCGGUACGGGAGAUUGACGAGCUCUAUGAUGUGUACUUAGAUGUCAAACAGCGCUGGAAAACUGAGAACUUCAUCUUCAUGGGGGACUUUAAUGCUGGAUGCAGCUACGUUCCCCAAAAGCAGUGGAAGAACAUCCGGCUGAGGACUUAUUCCGAAUUUGUCUGGCUAAUUGGUGACAAAAAUGACACUACGGUGAAGAGAAGCACCAGCUGCCCGUAUGACAGGAUCGUGGUCAGUGGGCAGAAGCUCAUUCAUGCCGUCGUGCCACAGUCUGUCAACAUCUUUGAUUUCCAGAAGGACUUUCAGAUGACCGAGGAGCAGGCGCUGGGGGUGAGCGACCACUUCCCUGUAGAGUUUGAGUUAAAAGCAAAAGGUGGCUUCUUCAACUGGCUGAAAUCAAAGUUUUCAAGGAAGAGAAGACCAAGAAAGAGCAGCCACUCGAGCUCAUGAGUGCGCUGAGUCCUCUCACGUGGCGUGGAAAUACAUGGAUGCCAACAGAUCUUGUAGAAGACUAAUGUAGAUAUACUCACAGCAAGUGCGAUAUUUAGUGGGAAAAAAACCCAACAAAUAUUUUGUUAAAGUUCAAGAAGGAGAAUUAAACCUUCAGGCUAUUUUCCUCAUUGUAUGCAAAGAUAUCUCAGCUAGAAGCAGCAUCCUAUAAUUACUGUACGGAUCACAAAUGCAAGGAGCUACUGCAAGGGUGAAAUACUUUCAUGUACUUUACUGUAACACCCGAAGGGCAGGGAUCUCCACGCGUUCACGCAGGCUCUGGAGCUCUGCCAUUCCUCUGCAGGGGCAGAGGGAUUAAAAGGACAUUUCUGCAUGGGGUGUGUAUGUGUGUGGAUGCUUCAGAGCUGCAACCAGCAGGACACGGGUCCGUGCCUGGUGAUCUGUGAUGUAAAAUGUUGCUGAACUUAGAGUAUUUGUUCGGUGUGGGUUUGAAACUGCCCACAGCAUCGAGGGCUUGAAAAGACAGAAAGAAAAGACAAAGGGACAGGCAGUGAGAGCCCCUUUUCUGCACUAACCCAGCCAGGGAGCAGGAGGAACAAAGCUCUGGUGGUUCCCACCCCUGCCUGCUGCUGUCACCCUGCCUGCAAACCGCAGGUGAGAAGCCCUGCGGAUCCCAGGUGACAGCGCUGCCAACAGAGAGCAUCAG